AUGAAGAUCCAAAUAAUGUCUGACCUGCGCCUUGAGAGUCCACGCCCCCAGAGUCCACGCCCCAGGGGUGCACCUAUGUAUGAUGUCUUCAAAAUACCCCCCAAAGCACCCUAUUUGGUCCUCCUGGGUAAUAUCGGAGCUGUCAAAGACGCUGGCUUUUUCUCCUUCAUCGAAGCUCAACUGAGUCAAUUCGCCAUCGUUCUGUUCGUGCUCGGCAACCGCGAACCAUACCUUGCAACAUGGUCUGAGACCAAACAAAAACUCCAUCGAUUUGCUGCAUCCGUGAACGAACGAUCCGCAGCAUCAGGACAGAGCGGACAGCCAAAAACAGGUUCAUUUGUGUUCCUCGACCAAAACCGAUACGACAUCUCGUCAGACGUGACUGUCUUAGGAUGCACCCUUUUCACGCAUGUGAGCAAAAGCAACAGAUCCUGGGCCACGUUCGGCAGUCCCCAGGAUUUCUACGAUAUCUACGAUUGGAUUGUUGAAAAACAUUGUGCCGCACAGCGAUCGGAUCUUGCCUGGUUGAACUCACAGGUCUCGCGGAUUUCUGCUGAGGAGCCGCAUCGCAAAAUAGUGGUCUUUACGCACCAUAGUCCUAUCACUCAGGAUGCUAGGGGGGUUUAUCUAAGGCUCGCGCAUAGCUCCGUCUUGGAGCGUUUUGCUACCGAUCUUUCUGCGCAGGAAUGCUGGACAAAUCCGUCGGUUCGACUGUGGGCGUUUGGUCAUACUCAUUACAAUGUCAAUUACGUCGAGGACUCAGGCAAGAUGGUGUUGAGCAAUCAGCGAAGCUGGCUUUUGUGUGAGAUAAAUGGUACAAAGGGUUUCGAUGGAGAUCUGGUUGUGGACAUCUGA